AUGAGGACAUCGUUGUACCACAAAACUGUAGCCCAAGCUUACAACAGGACAGUCAAACCUCGAUCCUUCAAGCAAGGAGACCUCGUGCUAAAAGUCGUGGAGCAUGUAAGAAGACAAGUGUCGGGACCUUCCAAGUUUGACCCGCAAUGGGAAGGCCCAUUCACAGUCAAAGAGGCUUACAGCAGCGGCUAUUAUCGCUUGGUCUCUGUCAGAGAAGGCACGCUGACGGAUCCCAUCAACGGGAAGUGCCUCAAACCUUACUACUGCUAA